ACUUUAGACAUGGUCAUGACUCACAGACUCACAGACUCACAGUGAAUAUAAACAAACCCUUGGCCUUGCCUUGACAGAAUGAGAUUGAUAUAUCUGAAUUUACCUAAUUUAUUUUUCUUAUUCAGAUUUCUUUGGAAUGGUUAUUAGGGUUAAUAUACCAAGUUUCAGAAAAGUAAAAGAGGGAGAUGAUGUUUACACCGUAAAGUGCUUUCUUUCAAAUUUUUAUUUGUAAUUAUUAAUUAUUAGAAUUAAUCAUUUCAUUAUAAAAUUAUUUAUAGGCCGCCUCCACCCUUCACCCCACUUACUUUUACUAGUCCAACUCUAAGUUAGUUAAUCAUUAAGUUAAAAGAAAUUUUACAUCAGACUGUUGGCUUAUAAUGGUGAUGUUAACUAACCAGAUACAAUUUUUUUUUAAUGUUACUAACACAAAUAUUCUAGGGAAGGUCUGAGAUAACUCUCUUAUGAGCCCCCCCCUCCCCCCCCCUCCCGCUAGUAAAUUGACUUAUCAACAACUCCAUCUGCUGCUGAGCCUGAGCCAAAUAACAUUUUCCUCACAAAGGGCUCUCCAAACACCCUGGCGUCUCCCGGGACAUCUAGUGAGGGACUUGGGUCAACAGGUGUGCUAAUGUCUCCGGGACCAGGUUGCAAUGCGGGCAGGUGUAGGCGUAGGAUCCCUGUUGUUGUCCAGUCGGCGGAAGAAUGUGCCACUAUGGCAUGGGGCAAUGCUCGGUGCGCAUUAGCGUCACUAAGCUCUGCUGUCAGCAGCUUAACCCCCACCAUGGGUCUUGUUUGUUAAAAGUGGGCAAAUUUGGAAAUACGCCUCUGGGGUCGUGUUGUCUGCCCAUUGCCUGUACCACUUUGUCCUGAAGUGGUCCCUAGCCAGUUCUUUAUUCCCAAAUAAGUUAUUGGUACUUCUGGUUGAGGCUGGGCAGCUCCGGGGUUGUCCAGAUUGUCCACUUUCUCAUUACCACUAACGUUGACGUGACCUGGGAUUCAUUCUAAGACUAAAGAAUUACUAAGAUAACAAUAUCACUGAUCACCUUUUUCUCACCUUGCCUUAACUUUAACAUACUUAACCUCACCAUUUUUAUUAUGUUCUCUUUUAUAAUAUUAAUUUUGCAUAAAUUUAUUUUUUAAAAUUCAUUUUCAUUCAUGUUCAGUUACAACAAAUACAAUUGCAAUAAAACUAAAUAACUAGGUUAAACUUAGACUACUAAGACAUAGCAUUCCUUGAUAUCUCACACUUUUUCCCUUGCUUAAGUGUGACAAAAAUAAGUAAUUCUUUAUUAAAUAGUUAUUGUGACUCAAUGAGGAGAGCAUGAUGAUUAUGAAAACAAAGGUGAAAGGAGUAAAUGAAUCAUACUUUUACUUGUAACUUUAUAAAUUACUUUCUAUCCUUUCUCAGGCUUUUUCAGUUGAUGUAUGGAUUGCUGGACGACACCAUGUCAUUGAGAAACGCUAUUCUGAGUUUGAAGAACUUCAUAAACAAGUAAGGAAAAAACAUGUAGAAAGAAAUGUCAAUAUUAGUUUUAAUUUUAGUAAAGCAGCCUACCAUAGAUUGCAUAUUAAUUUUAGGAAGUGUGUGAGUGUGAGUUUAUGUCUGGGUUUUUGUGCCUUUUUUUUGGUCUCAUCUGCUGUCAAUAUUGUCAAUUUACAAUUAUAAUGGUAAUUUUUUUUUUCAGCUUAAAAAGAUUAUAAAAACACCAGAAUUUCCACCAAAGAAAGUUUUGAAAUGGAAUACGAAAGUUCUAGAACAACGUCGACUUGGACUUGAUACUUAUUUUCAAGUUAGAGUUAAUGGAUUUCUUAAAUAUGUUUUAUGGAGCAUCGCCUAAAUAUUAAUUCUCUAAGUCUAAGAGAUGUUUAGGAUCAUUUUGUUUAAGUCUAAAUCUCACCGACAUCAGCAUGAUGAAAUAAUUAAUGUUUAAUUAUUGCAAAAUGAAUUCAGUACUGUUAAUAUUACAAGCUAACAAAAUAAUAAUAUAUAUUUAUCAACUUUUCUGUUUUAAUGAAUAUUCAGUUGGAAAUUAUUAUAUAUUGUCUUCUCUGUCCAUCAUUUUUUUACUCGUACCGGUAUUUAAAGAGGAGAAAUAAUAUGUUAAUUGGUUUUGAAGUUUAAAAAAAACUUUAAUUAUAGUUUUUAAAAGUAAAAUUUCAUAUAAGAAAAAAAAAAUCUACUGCAUUUAUUUGAUCAGUACCAUUUCAUUCCCACAGGGGGUCCUAGAGCAUGAACCAACACCCAAUGUGCUCCUCUUGUUUCUAGAAACUGACAUGUUAGAUCAUUCCAUGGAGUAAGCACCAUAAUUUCAUUUGCUAAUAAUAUAGCCUUUAUGAUUUAUAUCUCAAACCUUGCAGUGUAGACAACUAUAAACGAUUUGAAUUUCUAUACUAACAACUAUUUACUAAGAAGAUUAUGUUCAGUCCCUUUCAAACUUUAUUUGCCAGUCAUCCCAUUCAUGUUUUUUUUUUCAUUAGUAAAUUAUAUCUCCACGGAUACAGCAAUCAACAAUUAUUGCAUAAUUGUCAAGAAGUUUCACAUUUUAUAUUUGACAUCUGACCUGACAUAUAAAUAUAGCUUUUUUGGAUGUUCUCCAUGUUUUCCUAAUCUGCAGUCAGAAUCAUUUGUAUCUAAUUUUUUUUUUUUAAUAAAUGACCUUCAGGAAUUACCUAAAAGGUGAUGAAGAGCAAAAGACUUCACAUCAAGCAGUAAUAACUAUAGAUGCAAGUUCUUAUCUUCAAAAAAGUAACAAAGGUGAGCAGACUAUUUUAUUUUUUGAUAAUAUAUCUAACACAAAGUCUAACAAGAAAGCUAACACAACGACACAGGAUCAUGCUUAGAUCUUCAAUCACAACUCGCAAAAAAAAAACAAAAAAAAACAUGGCUUCUGGGUACAAUAAACAUCGUCUUCUGGGUACAAUAUCAAUAAACACAGGCUUCUGGGUACAGUAAACAUGGGCUUCUGGGUAAUUAAAUACCGGCUUCAGGAUAUAAUAAACACUGGCUUUUACUCAAUGAUAAUAAAAGGAAAGUAAUGUUAACAAUACAAUGAUAUUAUUGAACACAGAUAAAGUUCAAAUGAAAUAGUGGUCCUUUUCUUGUUUAAAUCAUUGAUAUUUUAAUCCAAGAGUGCAACUGCAAUGUAAGUGCUUUUAAUUGAAGAUUAAGUUAAUUUUUUUCAUUAUCAUUACUAUGCAACUAUAUUAUUAUUAUGUAACUCGAGCAUUAAUCAGUGUUAAUGGAACUACCACUGGGAGCCAAUAUAUUUCAGAAUACCAGGGUUGGAGUCAGCAUAGUGACUCUGGUCAAAGUAAUUCAAAUGUGGAUCUGGAGUCCCUAUAUUAAAUAUAUUGUAAGGGGCUAUCCAUAUGGUACGACAGCUCUAAGAGGGCAACCCUUGAUGAAUUUAGAAAUUUGAAUAUGUACGUACAUUUAUUCACAAAUGUAUUUUGGUCGGCUACGCCAGUGGUUCUAGAUUUUUUUCAAUUUCCUGGCGCCCUUGCCAAAUUUAGGUUUUCACCAGGCACCCUGUGUUAAAUUCUGACACUUACAAGCACAUUUCAAAAUAGUAAAUACAUUUAAAAAAUAAAUUUUAAAAAGUGUUGAGUAAAAAUAAAUAAAACAUGUAUGCAGAUUGUCACAAUCAAAUGACGUGAUCGGUUAUGCUGUGGCAUGCGCUGAUGUUUGGGAUAUUUUGUGAGUGAAGGAUAGUAUUUUUUCCUUAUAUUUUCACUUUAAUCACAAAUUUAACUCAGCCACAUAUCCGCUGAGUGUUGAUUUAAACCAUUGAUAUAAAGGGUGUGUACAUUUUUGUGUGUCGGUGAAUAUUAUUUUUUUUAUAGCAGAGACUACUAUUGUUGAUAGGAGUGACAGAUAAUAGGAGCAAUUUAAUAAUUUCGCUAGGAGAGAAUCUUAGUAUUUGUUGUAGGAGAUUCUUUUUGACCAUCUGUGUAGUUUUUGUGAAUGCCAGUACUAGGUAAUAACUUAGAAGGCAUUUUAUGAAGUGUGCUUCACACAGUAUAUUAAUAAAUAAAUUUGAGCUUUUAACUGGUGAUCACUUGAUUUCACACUACACCUCAGCCUUGUGACAGCAAAAGACUCUUACAUUGUUUUUUGUGGCCAAAUUGAGGGGACUUACUCCUAGACAACAUACCAUUCGCCACACAAUCUUUAAGCAUGAUAUAGUAUAUUAACUGAAAAGAUAUUGGUACUUCAGGGAGUUACUGUUGUCAUGGUGGUUUUAACAUCCUGUUAAAAUAGUAUCACUAUCAUAGUACACAACCCAAUUUGUCAAUUUAAAAAUGGCUCAUACAUCGGAUAUCAAAAGCUCAUUGUUCAUGGAGGGGCAUCCAAAAAAAAUUAUCACAAAUGUAACUUGUUUUACCUUUGUUCAAUAUGCAUGGCCUCUAAUGGACUCACCCUUGAAAAAUUAAAGAGAUGUUGCUGUAACUUACAUUAUUAUGGUCUUCAGUGUUAAUGCACUUUUGUAUUCUCUUAUUAUCAAAUAUUUGAGACCACUAAUUUCUAUAAACAAAUUUCUAAAAAAAGUUGAAAAUGAAUUCAACUAUAACUCUCUUUUCAGGUUCACUGCCAAACAUUGUCAGUGAAGGUGUAACUAUGGGAUUGUACUCUACAGCAGCACUUGACUAUCCAAGAUGACCAAUGUGAACUUUGAUAGUUUCUGUCUCACUGACUCUCGAAUUAAGUACUCCUAAAUGCAGCAAUGCAAAAAUUAAGUCCCAAUAUAUUGAAAGGUUUAUCAAAGAGCAAUUUUUUUUUUUAACUUGUACUUUUUUUUUAACAUGAAAAACAAAAAGAAUCAAGAAAAGACAGAAAAAUAUUAAAUUUUUUAAAUCUAAAUCUAAUUGAGCAUUUUUAGUGUUGUCAUAAAAAUUGUGUUAGGGUUAGGAGAGAGCAUCCCCAAUUCUACCAAUGACAAAUUCCAAGCCAAGUUCUAAUGAAUGUUAGAAUCUCACCCUUUACUGAACAUUUAACAUUGUAUACCAAUGUCCACUGUUAUCUGAACAGCCAAAACGGAUAGUCGUUAUGAAAUAAAUGGACAAUAAGCUAACAAUAUUACAAAAGCUUGAAUAGUUAAUAUUGUGAAAAUACUUUUUAAUUUAAGUUAGAAAUAACAAUGUGGCGGCUACAUCUCUGAACUUCUCAUCUAAAGUUACCCAUACUUGACAUAACAUGCAUUCAAAUGCUCUUUUUAACUUAAGAAUCUUGAUUAGUCCUAACAUUUGGGAUUUCAUUGUGCACCUAUUUAACAAUGCAAACACACACCAAGAGAAAUAUUUAUGAUUAAUUCUGUGUAUAUUUAAUUUUAUGUUAAAUUACUAUUUAAACAAUAAAAUUUGGAUUACAUUAAAUGUUUUUAAGUUCUUUAAUUUGUUACCUUUCUACAUAUACAAAAAAAAACAGAUAAACUUUGUGAGAUAUUUUAUUGGAAAAAUCUUUCAAACUACAGAAAAUGGAAUUUGUGAGUCGAUACAUUACAAUGUAAUUUUUAUUUUUGUGUAAACUAAAAAAUAAUAGAUAUUCUUCACAAUGGGAAAGAAGGUUUUCCUU